AUGUUCCAAAUAGAAGUCACGUACUUUGAAAGGAGCGUACAUAAAGUCGGAGGCGGGAUACCAAGUAAGGUCAAUGUCGCGGCCGAGCUAAGAAGCGCAGUACUCAAAGUGCUUCUUGGUUUAGCCGCGUUAGAAGUGCUUUCUAGCGAAGUUCCAAGCUUCGAAGUGGCGGUUAGCGUAAGCGCGAGUUUCGUCUUGGUUAAGCUUGCGAAAAGGGGUUUGGUCGUCAGGUCGUUCCAAGCUCCAAUUCUAAGUGGUCCGAAGGGCGUAGCCGUGAAUUACCUCAAAGAGGGAAAGACCGCCGAGGGAGUCGUAAAGGAGCGUCAAUUGGGCGAAGUCCAUUAUAAGAAGGAACUCACUCCAAUCGUCUUAGUAGUAGUUCACGAAAAGACGGAGGCGCUUUUGCAAGUACUAGUUGUAGAUUUCGGUCUGACCGUUAGUCUCAAGGUGUGCGGCGGUACUGAAGGUCAGUUUGGUGCCGAAGAUCUUGUUGAAUUCUUUCCAGAACUCGGACCAGUAUUAAGGUCUUCUAUCAGAAAUAUAGUAGAUAUAAAGCUUGGCGAAGCCUCUAGCAUCGAUAGACUUAUGACAAAGGAUCGAGAUUGCUUGCUUAAAGAAGCGGUCGAUUACUAUAAGGACGUUGUCGUAACUGUGUUUGUCUUUAUUGAAGUUACAAAAAUCCAUAAUGACGUGCUCUUAAGAGCGCGAAAGGAUCGGGAGAGCUCGUCUGCAAGCGUGGCAGUUACGGCAAUACUAGUUGACGAAUCUAGCUAUACCGUGCUAGUAGUACUAUGCUGCAAAGAGCUUGUAGGUUUUGCGAGAGCUAAGGCGGUCCGAUUGGCUUCUAAGACUUGGUUAAUAACUCGGAAUGUCGGUAAGAGCUCCGCGAUCUCUUCGAUAGUGACGGCGGUCUCCGAAGGCCUCUUCGGUGCGGCGUAUCAGCGCGUUAGCCAAAGGGUUGUCUUUACCUGGUCUAUACGUGAUGAUGAAGUUGUAGUCGGAGAGGAGCUCUGCCCAGCGUGCUUAACGAGCGUUAAAGGUCUUAAAGGUCAUGAAGUACUCCAAGGCCUUAUAAUCGGUGAUUACCUGAACUUAGUAAAAGGAGCCGGCGAGUUCGGCGCGAAAGUUACCAAAAGAGCGUAUAAUAGCCAGUAUCUCUUUAUCGUAAACGACGUAGUUGAGCUCAGCGAGAGCCAUGGUUUUGAAGUAAUAAGCGACUAG